AAAAAAAGAGAAAAGAAAAAAAAUCCACCGCCGUCCGCCGCCGCAAUGAAGAGCCAGCACCCAUUCCCGGCGGCCGGAAAGCCGAUCUCCGCCACGAUACCCCUCCUCUCACAGGCAUUCUUCUUCGUCUUCGGCCUGACGCUGGGAAUCAUCCUCUGCUUCAACUACCGGAGCUUCUCCUUCAACCUCCAGGUCACCAACGGCCAAUUCUCAAUCUUCACUUCCCAGUCCAUCGCCGACCGUCCGCCGUCUCCGCCGCCGCCCCGUGAUCCGGCGGCGACGGCGGACGACGGGUGGGUGGAUUUCCUGGAGCCGCCGCGGGUGAUGCACGGGAUGAGCGACGGGGAGCUGAUGUGGCGGGCGUCGAUGGCCCCCAAGGCGGCGGGGAUCGGGCCGGGCCGGCCGGCGAAGGUGGCGUUCAUGUUCCUGACACGUGGGCCCGUGGUGCUGGCGCCCCUGUGGGAGAUGUUCUUCAAGGGGCACAGGGGAAAGUACUCCAUUUACGUGCAUUCGGAUCCGGGCUAUAACGGGUCGGAGCCUCACGGAUCCGUCUUUCACGGCAGGAGGAUUGAUAGUAAGGAAGUGCAAUGGGGCGACGCGAACAUGGUCGACGCCGAGCGUCGACUUCUCGCCCACGCUCUCCUUGACGUCUCGAACCAGAGAUUCGUCCUCCUUUCCGAGUCUUGCGUUCCUCUCCACAACUUCUCGACUAUUUACUCUUACCUCCUCAACUCCAACCAAACUUUUGUCGAGUCCUACGACCUCCCGGGCCCAGUGGGCCGAGGCCGCUAUAGCCCAGACAUGUCCCCCACAAUCCUCCUCUCCGACUGGCGCAAGGGCUCACAAUGGUUCGUCUCGGACCGCCACCUGGCGCUCGAGGUCGUCUCUGACUCGACCUAUUUUCCGGCCUUCAAAAACUACUGUAAAGGGGGGUGCUACGCGGACGAGCACUACUUGCCGACACUCGUGGGCUUGCUCCCAGGCGGGUUUGCGGCCCGGAAUGCGAACCGGACGCUUACGUGGGUCGACUGGGCGAGGGGUGGGCCCCACCCGACAAAGUUUAUCAGAACGGACGUGGGCCCGCGGUUUCUCGAGUGGUUGAGAGGGGGAGGGGGAAAGACGUGUGGGCCGGAGAAGAUGAUGGGCCCGUGCUACCUUUUCGCGAGGAAGUUCACGCCGGAUGCGCUCGAUAGGCUGAUGAGGUUUGCGCCGCAGGUCAUGUACUUCGACACGUAGAGAGAGGAAAAUAAAAAAUAAAUUUUUUUUUUUUUAUUAU